GGGAGGGGUAAUGAUAAGGUUCUCAUUCAUGGACACAAUUAGAGGUGGUCACACAAUUCAUGGAGCCCACAAAACUCUCCAUUUUCACUUCCUUGCAAUGAACUCUUCCAAAAUCUUUUCACAAACACAUUUUCUUUCUUCUAAAUUAAUGGGGUACCAGAUUCAGUGUUUGAAUCCUCAACUUUCUUGCAGAAUACCCAAUAUUCAACCAAAUCUCAGAACCCGCAGAAUAUCCCUUUUCUCUUCAUACAAAAAUGUGAAUGCAGAAAAAAAACAGCAGCCCAGUUCUACCUCAACGUUAACUGAAGCAAAAGUAACAGAAUCAGAUACAUACAGUGUUAAAUUCGAAACUUUAGGAGGUUGUAAACUUGGUAUUUCGAGAUAUCCCGAUUUUGAGUACGAUGCAGCAGGGGGAACAGGAACAGGGACAGGUACAAAAACCAUGAAUGAUGCAAUUUCUGUUGAAUUUGACAUAAAAACGUUGUAUAUUCCUCCAUUGUCGACUGCCACUACUAAAUUCUUGGGAAUGCGCUUGCCACCAUUUCUGAGAAUUGAUAUUGUUCCGGAGCUCUUCCAAGGAAGCAUCAAUCAAGAAUCUGGUCAGGUUGAUCUGAAGUUCAAGGCCAAAUUCUGGUUUUCCAUAGGGAGUAUCUACAAAGCUCCGCCAUUGACGGUGCAGACAGUUUUAACAUCAGAAGAAUCAAAUGGAAAGAUCAAAAGAGGAAGAGGGGAGAAAUUGAAUAAAGAAGGGAGGUGCAGUCUAGUUGGGGUGGCAACAGUCGAACCUAUUAAUGACUUUUUCAUGGAUUCAUUCCUUAGUCUUCCUACUGAAUGCCUUGCCAAUUUGAAUGCUACAAUCUCAUUUUCAAGUGCUACUCUAGUUUGAUACGUCAUAUUUGACUAUACUAGUUUGAACUCGACAAGAUAGUAAGCAAGAUUUUGGCCAUUUUCUUUUCCAUUUUUAAUACUAGAUUGAUACAAGUCAUGUUGUGAACUUUGCUUCCUUGUAAUUCGAUAAGCAUUUAAAUCACCUCAAUUUGUUUCA